AUGCGUACACUUCUCUCCCACCGAUCCUAUUCCUGGCUCCGUGUCAGCAGUGCCGUGGCCACGCUGGCCGUGGUGCUUCUGUUGUACAUUGUGCUCGAUGCACAAGCAAGACGGUCGUGGUGGGCCGUCAGCUCAAGUUUCAGAGCCAGGCCGACGAAUCCUUUUACGGCAGCCGACCUGGACCAGCACCUCGAUAUCACGGAAUGGGGCGAGAUGGGCAGGCGCGUCAAGAAGCUCUCGCAGUGGGCGCAGAUCCUCAUCAAACACCCCUCGGCAGACCACACUGCUUUCCAGGACACCUUGGUGUUGCAUUUUCCAUUCCUUGCGGGAACUGAGGCAUCAAUAUACACUCCCUGGUCCUCCCCGAUCAACAGGUCCUUCCCUUCGCACACAGGCAUCAUCACCUGUGUCGGAUCCAACAACUUCCGCAUGGCAGGUCACCUCAUUGCCAGUCUCCGUCUCGUGCACAACUCCCAGAUCCCCAUCGAGAUCGCUUACGCAGGGGACGAGGAUCUGGAUCCUGACAGUCGCGCCUUCUUGCAGUCCCUCGAUCCCGAGUUAUCAUUCAUCGAUCUGCUCGAUUUGUACCCGGCUGCUGGUCAUGACUUGGUCCGUAGCGGCUGGGCCAUGAAGCCAUUUGCCCUUCUGGCAUCUUCCCACCCACAAGCCAUUCUCGUCGAUGCCGAUGCCGUGUUUCUCACGAAUCCAGAAUCCAUCUUCGAGGAAAACGCCGGCCUGGCUCGCACCGGAACCCUCUUCUUCCACGACCGCGCGGCCCGGGGAGGAGACGGCCACCGUCGGCUGUGGCUCAGCAAACAGAUCCGAGCAGCGGGCAUCCCGCCUUCCCGACACCUCACCAGAAGGUCACUCUUCUAUAGUGGCGCAGCAUACUAUGAAGCAGACAGUGGUGUCGUUGCGCUGGACAAAUCCCGCCCAUCAGUUCUUCUCGGGCUGAUGUUCGCCUGUUGGAUGAACACCAAGAACGUGCGGGACGAAGUCACGUACCGUGUCUUCCACGGGGACAAAGAGACGUUCUGGGUGGCUGCAGAACUCAGCAGUGUCGAGUACUUUUUCCAGCCGUGGUACGCGGGGACCAUGGGCACCAUCACGACGGCCGAAGGAGAAGGACAGGAUCAACCGCCAGAUCUGGCGGUGGACAAGGUGGAAAUCAACGGUGGGAUAUACGAGGACAAGAGCAAGGUGGACAAGGGGUUUGCGCAGAUGACGCACUACUGGGUGGGCGAGAUUGAGGCUGAGACUGCCAACAUUCGACUCACUGGCCUCACUAGCACGCAGCCACAGCACCAGUGGUAUUGGCGGCCCGGCUCGGUGUCAUGUCUGCGAGAGACGGGCGUCAAGGUGAUUCCCGACGACAUUCAGAGGACGAUUGAGCGGAUAGAGAAGGAAGCUGGCCGGGUUGACGAGCUGGCUAUGCAAUGA